GCACACUCCCACCUACACAAUGAGUCGUCAACACCUCUCCUCCUCCUCCUCCUUCGUCUCCACCUCAAUUUGAAAACCCUAGAAAAUUAAAUUCAAUUUCUCUCUCUGUUUUUCUCGAUUUGAAAUUUGAAACCCUAAUUGUGUAAACUGGAAUUCGAUUCAUGGGCCGUCAGUCUUCGCAGUCGCUCGCUCCCGGGUUCCGAUUCCACCCCACCGACGAAGAGCUCGUCUGGUACUACCUCAAGCGCAAGGUCGCCGGAAAAUCCUUCCGCUUCGACGCCAUCUCCGUCGUCGAUAUCUACAAGAUCGAGCCCUGGGACCUCCCCGGGAAGUCGAAGCUGAAGAGCAGGGACACGGAGUGGUACUUCUUCAGUCUGCUGGACAGGAAGUAUGGGAAUUCCUCCAGGACGAAUCGGGCUACCGAAAAAGGGUACUGGAAAACUACUGGGAAGGAUCGACCCGUUUGCCAUAGCUCCAGGGCUGUCGGGAUGAAGAAGACCCUUGUCUUCCACAGCGGUAGGGCCCCGAAAGGGGCCAGGACCAAUUGGGUUAUGCAUGAGUACCGCCUCGAUAACCAGGAGCUGGAGAAAGCUGGAAUUGUUGAGAAAGACGCGUAUGUGCUCUGUAGGAUCUUUCAGAAGAGUGGUACCGGACCCAAGAAUGGAGAGCAGUAUGGCGCUCCACUUCUUGAGGAGGAAUGGGACGAAGAAGAUGAAGUUUAUGGACCUGGUGAAGAGGCUAUUGUUAAUGAAGUAGCAGUCAGUGGUGGGCCGUAUACUGAAGCAAAUGACCUCAGUGAUGGCGGAUAUGUUGAGUCUAUUGACCUUGAUCAGAAUAUUAACACAGGUGUUCCUGAGAGUGCUCCUCGUCCUUUGAAUUUCUAUCGUGGGGAGACGAGCAAUUAUAUUGAGCAAUAUGGGGACUUUGUUGAAGAUGCUGCUAUGACUGCAGUAGGCGCUGGGGAAACUUUGGAAUAUUGCGAAGACCAGAAGUACAUCGACUUACCAGAGAAUAAUGAGAUGGUUGCAAAGCCAGUCAAAGUUGAAUUCUUAACUUCGGAGUAUCAUGACAACCAGAAGUUCUUCAACUUACCGGAGUAUUAUGAGACGGAAACAAAAGUGGUCAAAGAUGAAGACUAUGGUGAACCAAGCCAUAAUAUGAAUCCUGUGGAUGUCAGCUACUCGCUCAAUGAUCCAUUUUUAAAUGCUGCUGAAAAUCCAACAUUUGAUGAUGACAUCUCUCAGUACAUUGAUUUUGAUUCUUGUUGUGAAAUGCUGGGAAAUGAAAAUACUGUUUCUAGUGAGCCUCUGGUUGAGCAGAAGUCUGUUAUGGGUGAAAUGGAGCCACUAUCCACGGGAAGUCAACAUCUUGUAGAGGCACAUGAUGUCAAUGAUGCAUCCUCAUCAAAGCAAAAGCCAGACAUGCAAUUUGGAUCAGAUGGCAAGUUUCCAUUCAUCACAAAGGCGAGUCACAUGCUGGGCAGUAUACCUGCUCCUCCUGCAUUUGCUUCUGAGUUCCCUGCUAAAGAUGCCAUCCUUCGGUUAAAUUCUGAAGUAGCAUCCUCAAGUUCAGUUCAUGCUGGCAUGAUCAGAAUAAGAGACAUUACUUCAAGCGACAACAGGGUGGAGUGGUCUAUUGGCAAGGAUGGGGUUGUCAACCUUGUGUUUUCUGUUCAGCUGCCUCAAAGUGAUGUCAAUUCUUCCAACCUGGUACCAAUGGGCGGCUCAGUCUCAGGCAAGACAGGUUCUGUGGUGAUGCGGGGCUGGGUUUUAUUCAUGUUCUUCUGGGUCUUAUUUAUUUCCAUCAGUUUCAAAAUGGGAAGCUACAUAUAUGCCAAGUGAUGAUGCUUUUGUUAGGAGCAUUAGACCUGGGCUAUUGACUUGGUAGCACAAUUGCUCUAGUGCAGGAUGAUUCAAUAUUUAGUAAAUCAGUAUACUGACUUCUGGACUCCUGUUUAGUAAACUUCCUUUUCUCAUACUAUAGUUCCAGGACUGUACUGCUUUAAUUUGUUUUACUUAAUGUAAAACUGAAUUAUUGUUCUAGAUAUUCAUUUCAUUGUAGUUAGUUUACAAACAUAUAAUGGUGUGUUCUAAUACGUCUCCCUUAUUUGGUGGUGCAAUUUAUGAACUCAAUGCUGGAUGAUUUGUCUGCGUUUUCUCCCUCAAUUCAUG